AUGUCGACGCAACGCACAACCAAAAAUAGCAUAAUUUCCAAUUCAUCGGGAUCCUCGACUUUUGAGCAACGUACAACAAGUAAGAAGGACCAGGUAUACGACGCGAUCAACCUUGGACUCGACGUGGUCGCAAAUACAGCCGAGGGAUCAGAUAUCCUGGCUCCUCUGAAAGCCGCUUGCCGGACAACAAAAUCGAUCCUUGAAGUGGUACAGGCGAUUGAGAACAACCGAGAAGAAUGGAGCGACCUAACCCGGCGGUUGAAGGAAUAUAUGUCUACACUAGAGGAGCAAAUAGCCUUGUUUGAGACCUAUUCCCCGGCGGACAGAGGCGUCAACGAGGCGUUUAGUCGACCGCUCAUCCAUUACGUCGAAUUCCUCGAAACUAUGCACGAUACGGUUGUCGGUCUUAAGGAAAAACGCAGACGCAGCAGACUCGGCCUCCUCAAAGCGUUUAGCAGAGUAAAGAUCGAUACCGAGGAGAUUCGUAAACUCAACCGAGAAAUUGAUGACAAACACAAGCAGUUCAUGGCAGCAUUGAACUUGUUUACCGCAUUACGUGUUCAAGCCAUCGAAUGGAACAUUGCGAUACUCCAGCUGCCAGCGGUGGCAUUCGUUGCAGCCUCAGUUCACACUACCUGUUUGCAAGGAACACGUCGAGCCGUUCUCCAAACAAUCUCGGAUUGGGCCGAAGAUAAAGUAUCGGAUAAACCGAUAUUUUGGCUUUGUGACAUAGCUGGUUCUGGCAAAUCCACAGUUGCAAUGUCGGCAGUGGAGUCAUGGACAAGGUCAGGCCUCCUGGGCGGCCGGUUCUUCUUCUCCAUAGCAAGCAGCGAAGGGUCGACCACCGACAAGUUCUGUUCCACCAUAGCAAGGGACCUUGUUCAUUACAUCCCGGAGCUCGCGCCGCAGGUCGCUGGAGCCGUGAAACAGAAUCCCUCUUUCAUGCGAAGCUCUCUUGAUGAGCAAUUCAAUACCCUCGUCAGUAAACCCAUUCGUCAUUGGCAACGGCCUGUCGUUCUUGUCGUCGACGCCCUUGACGAAUGCAAAUCCCCAUCACAGAGAAGAGAGCUGGUCAAUACCUUAUCUAAGGCGGUUCAGAAUUGCAGAAAUCUCAAGGUGUUUAUGACGAGCAGGCCAGAUCCUAUUGUCCAAGCAGUCCUAGGAUCGCUCUCGAUCAAAGCCAAGUUGGAGGACCGCCUCCACAAUAUCAAUCAUCCUGAUAAUAUCGACGACAUCACUAUUUAUGUCCAUCAAUCACUAGAUGGAAUACUGUCCGAGGACAAGAGGCGGAGACUAGUAGCAAAGGCCAACGGGUUGUUCAUCUGGGCGAGCACUGCAUGUAGAAUGCUCAACAGCGAGACAAGCCUGACCCCUCCUGACAUUACGUUCAAUCGUCUCAUGUCCAUGGACCAAGCUGGCGCCAUAGACAGUCUGUACAGCCUCGUCUUCGAGCGCAUAGACCCCGAGCAGUGCGAGGUGAUGUACGAGAUGCUUGGCUUACUGCUCGCUGCCUUCGAGCCGCUCAACGCCGAAGAGCUGGACGACAUUCUCCAGCAUGCCGGGGUGCCCGGGAGCGCCAAGGCGUUGGUGCGGAAUCUCGGGAGCGUGCUUACCGAGGUCGGAACUGGAAACCUAAUUCAGUUCCGGCAUCCAACCCUUGUUGAAUACCUUCGACGCUGCUCCGCUGUCGAUAGCCGCAACAAGGGACACAUCAACAUGAGCAAGUCGCAUGGUCAAGCCGCAUCAUGGUGUCUCAAAUGCUUCAAGUCGCCAACUGAAGGUCUCAGGUUCAAUAUAUGUCAAAUCGAAUCAUCUUUCUGUCUAAAUAGAGAGACUCCAAAUCUCGACACCAAAAUAUCAAAAUUCAUUUCGAGAAGACUUCGAUAUGCCAGCUCUCACUGGUUGUUCCAUGUGACAGAAACUGACAACAACUGGCGAUCCACGCUCAAGACCGAGCUUCAAUACAUCAUUCGAUUCCCAUACGUGCUAUAUUGGAUGGAAAUACUGAGCUUUACCGGAGGUGUGGCACGAGCACUAGCUGGUCUUCGAGCUGUGAUGGCCCACAGAGACAUUGAAGAGGAAACCAGAGGCAUUAUGAACGAGAUCAGGCGGUUCCUAAUUGCAUUUUCGGUACCAAUCCAGGAGAGCGCCCCACACAUCUACAUUUCCGCGCUUCCAUUUACUCCGACAAGGUCAAAGCUACAUAUGGUUGGCAUAACCAAAUAUGCUAAUACCAUUAAUGUGACACGGGGCCUUGAGAAUGCCAUCGCGUUCUCGCUAGACGGAUCGAAAAUGGCCUCUGGUUCAUUCGAUAACACGGUUCGGCUAUGGGAUACAGAAACAGGACAGCCGUUAGGAGAGCCACUUAGGGGUCACGAAGGAUCGGUCACGGCUAUUGCCUUUUCGUCGGACGGCUCACGAAUCGUCUCGGGCUCGGAUGAUAGGACGAUUAGAGUAUGGGAUGCAAACGGUGGGCAGUCAUUAGGAGAGCCACUCCAAGGCCAUGAAGGCUUGGUAAGGGCUGUCGCAUUUUCGCUAGACGGCUUGCGAAUACUCUCUGGCUCGGACGACAAUACCAUUAGACUGUGGGAUACAGCUACUGGUGAGCCAUUGGGAGAGAUACUUCGGGGUGGCGGUGACUGGGUUCAGGCCAUCGCGUUCUCGCCGGACGGUUCACGGAUCAUCUGUGGCUUGGACAACAACACAAUUCAAAUGUGGAAUGCAGCCACUGGAGAACCGUUGGGAGAGCCACUCAGAGGUCACAAAGGAUUGAUCUUUGCUGUCGCAUUUUCCCUAGACGGUCUACGAAUCGUCUCGGGAUCUCACGAUCAAACGAUCCGGCUGUGGGAUGCUACUACUGGUCAGACGUUAGGGGAACCUCUUCAAGGUCACGGAGAAUUGGUCUUUGCUGUCGCAUUAUCACCAAAUGGCUCUCGAAUCGCUUCCACCUCCCCCAACACGAUUCGAGUAUGGGAUGCAGACACCGGUCAACAGUUGGGAGAGCCUCUCCAAGGUUAUGAAGGAUUGGCUUUUUCCGUCGUAUUCUCGCCAGAUGGCUCAAGAAUUGCCUCCGCCCCGAAUAGCAUGAUUCAAAUGUGGGAUGCGGUCACUGGUCAGGUGCUAGGAGAGUCAUUACAAAGCCACGAAGACUCGGUGACAGGAGUUACAUACUCUCCAGACGGAUCGUGCAUCCUCUCUGGAUCAGAAGACAAGACGGUUAGAUUGUGGGAUACUGCCACUGGGCAGCCUUUGAGAGAGCCGCUUGGAGGUCACGAAGGAGGGGUCCACGCCAUCACACUCUCGCCAGACGGCUCACGAAUCGCCUCUGGCUCAGACGACCGGACGAUACGAAUAUGGAACGCCGCCACUGGAGAGCCCCUUGGAGAACCACUCAAAGGCCACGAAAACUCGGUUGACGCUGUUAUAUUCUCUCCUGACGGCUCACGAAUAGUUUCUGGAUCAAGUGACGCUAUUCAAAUACGGGAUGCAGUCACUGGAAAGGUAUUGGGAGAGCCACUCAGAGGGCAUGAAGGGGAGGUCAAGAGUGUUGCGUUCUCGCCAGAUGGCUUGCGAAUUGCCUCUGGUUCCAGCGACACCACGAUCAGACUUUGGGAUGUGGUCACUGGAAAGGUAUUGGGAGAACCACUCAGGGGGCACGAAAGAGAGGUUAAGAGUGUUGCAUUCUCACCAGAUGGCUUGCGAGUUGCCUCUGGUUCGAGCGAUGCCACGAUCAGACUUUGGGAUGCGGUGACUGGGCGGCCAUUAGGAGGACCCUUCCGAGGUCACGAAGGAGCAGUGUUUGCUGUCGCAUUCUCGCCUGAUAACUCGCGGGUCGUUUCUUGCUCGUACGACCGGACAGUUCGACUGUGGAAUGUAGUUACUGGCCAAGCGCUGGGAGAACUAGUCGGAACUCAUCAAGGAGCAGUGUUUUCCGUCGCGUUCUCGCCAGACGGCUCGCGAAUUCUAUCUGGCUCGGCAGACCAGACGAUCCGCGAGUGGGAUGCAGAUAACAGCGUAAACGCGAACGCCUCCGACCAGGGCCACGUGGGGUCUACGCCUUCCGCCCUUGAGGCAGACCGAGAGCGCACUCCUCUCGCAAUUCAUAUACCUGGAUUCGAUCAGUGCACCCUUUUAUGGGAUGGCUGGGUGGAAUCUUCUGGUAAACGUCUCUUCUGGGUGCCGCCCGACAAUCGUUACGGUCUGCAGAAUCCGCGCCUUCUUUUGACUAUGCCGACGAUGAGUCCCUUUCGUGCCACCAAACUUGACUUCACCCGGUUUCAGUGUGGUCUCUCUUGGACCAAUGUUCGAACAGACACCACUUAA